GACACAGAAAGGACCCCUGAAAGCUCUAAAAGCAGAACGCGGGCUAAUGUAAACUCACAACAACGUGUAUUUGUAACAAAAGUUUCCAUGCAAAUACAAGUCCAACGAGGAAAGCUCGAAAUAUAUGCGGAAUUGACGUUUUGUCGCUGCUGUGUGGCCACAGAAUAUUCCUUGGAGGGCGGUAUGGACCGACUUUAACUAAACUUAGCUGAAUGCUGCUAACUACUACACACCCACAGAGCCAUAAUGAAGAGGAGAGCCGAAGCACCGCUGACGGUGGUGCAGGGGACGAAGAGGGUUUGUGAGGACAGCAGCUCAGAUGAGGAGUCUCAAUUAUCCAGACAAGACUCCAGCCAAAAUGAUUCCCUCAGUGACCAGGAUGAUCAGAGGCCAGGAUUUUCCAUGCCCUCCAUAUCAUCCUGCGAUGACCAAGACAAUGACCCCACACAGGCCUCCUCCAAUUUCUCUAUGUACAACAGUGUGUCACAGAAGCUCAUGGCCAAGAUGGGCUUCCGUGAGGGUGAAGGACUGGGGAAGUUUGGCCAGGGACGCAAAGAGAUCGUGGAGGCCUCCAACCAGCGAGGAAGAAGGGGUCUUGGUCUCACUCUGCAGGGCUUCCAGGGGGAGCUCAAUGUUGACUGGCGCGAUGAACCGGAGCCCACUGCUGCACAGAAAGUAGACUGGUUCCCGGAAUGCACCACAGAGACACCAGAUUCAGAUGAGCUGAGGGACUGGAUGAAAGUUGGAGCGAGAAAACUUAAGAUUGAGGAUGAGACCGAGUUUUGCACUGAAGACCUCCUACACACUUUACUAAGGUGCAAGACAGUCUUUGACAACCUGGAAGGCGAGGAGAUGAGGAGAGCACGGACACGUUCCAACCCGUACGAGACCAUCAGAGGAGGUAUUUUCCUCAACAGAGCAGCGAUGAAAAUGUCCAACAUCGAUCAUUGCUUCGACCAAAUGUUCACCAACCCAAAGGACUCCCAAGGGAAACCUCUGACAAAGGACCGCGAGGGGGAACUGCUGUACUUCGGCGACGUCUGCGCGGGGCCCGGCGGCUUCUCGGAGUACAUACUGUGGCGGAGGCGUUGGCAUGCCAAAGGGUUCGGCAUGACGCUGAAAGGGCCUUGUGACUUCAAACUGGAAGAUUUCUUUGCAGCGCCGAGUGAGCUGUUUGAGCCUUACUACGGUGAGGGAGGGGUGGAUGGGGACGGAGACAUCACCCGGCCGGAAAACAUCACGGCCUUCCGAAACUUUGUCCAGGAGAGCACAGAAAGACGAGGACUGCACAUCCUCAUGGCGGACGGGGGUUUCUCUGUUGAAGGCCAGGAAAACAUCCAGGAGAUCCUGAGCAAACAGCUGCUGCUCUGUCAGUUCCUCACGGCCCUUUCUUCCCUCAGGACAGGUGGUCACUUUGUCUGUAAGACGUUUGACCUCUUCACUCCCUUCAGUGUGGGUUGUGUGUACCUGCUCUAUCUCUGCUUCGAAAGAAUCUCUCUCUUCAAGCCCGUCACCAGCAGGCCGGCCAACUCUGAGAGGUACGUAGUGUGUCGCGGACUGAAGCCCGGUUCGGAAGCCGUCAGGGAGUACAUGUUCAGAGUCAACCUGAAACUGAACCAGCUGAGGGACACAGACAGAGACGUCACCGACGUGGUUCCCCUGAGCAUCAUCAAAGAAGACCUUGACUUCUACCAGUUUAUGGUCAACUCCAACGAGAGCCUGUGUGUAGUCCAGAUCAAAGCCCUGGCUAAGAUCCACGCCUUUGUCGUCGACCCAACCCUCAUGGAGGCAAAGCAAGCAGACAUCAGAAAGGAGUGUCUGAAACUGUGGGGGGUCCCGGACAUGGCCAGGGUCACUCCGGCCUCCUCAGACCCAAAGUCUAAAUUCCACAAACUGAUUAAGAACUCUGAAGUGGAGUCGUUCCAGAGCAAGCUCACACCUCUUAACUCCACUACACUCGAGAAGCUGCGCCAUAUCCUGGACCACAGGUGCAUUGUGGGAGGUGGGGAGCAAAUCUUCCUAUUAUCUCUUGGGAAGUCUCAGAUAUACACGUGGGAUGGGAAGAUGCCUCCGCGCUGGAAGAAACUGGAAAGCUUCAAGCUCGAGCUGCCGAGAGACACACUUCUAAGUGUGGAGAUUGUCCAAGAGCUGAAAGGCGAGGGCAAAGCUCAGCGCAGAAUCAACGCGGUUCACGUUAUGGAUGCACUGGUGCUGAAUGGCACCGAUGUAAGAGAUCAGCACUUCAACCAAAGGAUCCAGAUGGCGGAGAAGUUUGUGAAGGCGGUGGCCAAACCCAGCAGACCAGACAUGAACCCCAUCAGAGUGAAGGAGGUUUACAGGUUGGAAGAAAUGGAGAAAAUCUUUGUCAGGCUCGAGAUGAAAGUGACAAAGAGUUCUGGCGGAGUCCCCCGGCUGUCCUACACCGGCCGAGAUGACCGACACUUCCUCCCCACCGGCCUCUACGUCAUUAAGACGGUCAAUGAGCCGUGGACGAUGGCAUACAGUAAGAACUCUAAGAUGAAGUUCUUCUAUAAUAAGACCACAAAGACCUCCACAUAUGAAAUGCCGCCCAACUCUGCUGCCCCCUUCAAUGUUUGCCACUCGGAGCGGCUCUUCUGGGCCUGGGUGGAUGGGGUCAUAGUUCAUGAUUCUCAGACACGGAUGGACCAUGAGAAACUGUCCAAAGAUGAUGUUUUGUCCUUCGUCCACCAGAAUUACCAGCAGUGAACCGCUCACAGAGCCCCACAGCUUCAUCAGCUACAGCCUACACAAAUAAUGCACUAAAUUGUGGAGGAUUUAGAGCCUCAGAAAAGGUUAUCAAACGGUACAUUAAUUGAUAUCUAGUAAAAGAGGGAUCCAUAAAAUAACGCCUAAAUAAUACAUCUACCAAUACGUAGGUCAGGACUGUCAUAAAAGUUCAGCUUUUAUUGAUCCCUGUUUUUUUUAAUCCACCUAAAUAUCAAUUAGUAAACUGUUUAUAACCAAGGCUCUCAUUAUGUCGCUUAGAGAAAUUAUUACCAGGUUGUAACUGGAGUUCUGGAGCUCAACGGAUGAGCUGUUUGCUGCUAUUUUCAGUGGGAACAUUUGGACUUUUGAUAAACCACUUUGUCUUUCUGCUCUUUCCACCUCCCUCUGCGGCUCUACGGAUAGUAAACAACCAGCUUCUCAGAACAAUACGGCGACAAAAGCUGCUGCCGCCGUGCCCGCGUUGGAUCGCAUGUCCCCCGUACAGCUCCGCCCCUUCCCUUUGGACGACGCUAGAAAGACAGACACACGUUUUAAACUAUGCAGCCAUAUAUGUAAACACAGUCUCGCUUGCCUUGCUCUACAACUGCGAGCCGCAGAACCGUAGCUGAAGCUUCAAUACAACAAACACGUUUUUCACGUUCUGAUUUAGCCCCACCAUCGCUUCGACAUUCAUAUCGGUUACAGGUGUGGCAGUUUUUUUUCCACUCAAAUGAUCUAUUGUGUGUGUGUGUGUGUGUGUGUGUGUGUGUUGCACAUCCGGAAAGGUGUCCUGGUUUUAGGUUGUUUUUACUCCUUGUGCUCUCACCUUAUAUCAUCUCGACUGUUUUCUUAAACUCUGCCAAUUACUUAUUUGUUUUUGUAAAGUUCGUUAUCGAUCCUCAUGCUGUAAAUAAUUAUAAUGUAGUAAAUAAAUGGGAAAUGUUCUUCCCAGAAAUAA